UGAGUGCGGGUGAGAGGGAGGCGUUGACCCGCUAAGGUUUUAAUUAUUGAAAGAAUCCUGAAACAUUUUUACAAAUGGCUACUGCUCAACUCUCUCAUUCCAUCAGAAUUCACAAGGCAUCUAAGGAAACAGUUUUUCCAUCCCAAAUCACUAAUGAGCAUGAGUCACUGAUAAUGGUGAAGAAACUUUUUGCUACUUCUAUCUCAUGCAUAACAUACCUAAGGGGCCUGUUCCCAGAGAGUUCUUAUGGAGAACGCCAUUUGGAUGAUCUCAGUUUAAAAAUUCUUCGAGAAGACAAAAAAUGUCCUGGGUCACUGCAUAUUAUCAAAUGGAUUCAAGGUUGUUUUGAUGCUUUGGAGAAGAGAUAUCUACAUAUGGCAGUACUUACACUUUACACAAAUCCAAAGGAACCUGAGAAAGUGACUGAGAUAUACCAGUUCAAAUUCAAAUACACAAAAGAAGGAGCCACUAUGGAUUUUGACAGUCACUCCAGUAGUACAAGCUUUGAAAGUGGAACAAAUAGUAAAGAUAUUAAGAAAGCCAGUGUACUGCUGAUUCGUAAAUUAUAUAUACUGAUGCAGAACCUUGGACCCCUUCCUAACGAUGUUAUACUUACUAUGAAACUCCAUUACUACAAUUCAGUGACUCCACAUGAUUACCAACCACCUGGUUUUAAAGAAGGGGUGAACUCACACUUCUUGCUGUUUGAUGGGGAACCUGUCAAUUUGCAGGUGGGAUUGGUCUCCACAGGCUUUCAUAGCAUGAAAGUAAAAGUCACUACGGAGGCAGCCAGAGUAUCUGAUUUGGAGAACAAUCUGUUUCAGGAGAAUAAUACUACUGAAAUUGCCCAUCAGGGUCUAGACUGCGAUGAUGAAGAAGAGGAGUACAACAAUCAAAUUCAAAGAAUGAAUUUUGUGUACAGUCAGCAAAGUUCUGAAAGCUCCAGGAAGAAGAGGAAGGUCAGCGAACCAGUGAAAGUCUUCAUCCCUAACAGAAAAUGA